AAAUAGAUAUGCUGAUCAAAUUGCAGGGACAAUGACAUUUCGGAAGGUUUUCACCGGACAUUCAUUCAGGCAUACGUAUACGGGCAGCUGUUGCUUUGAUCAAUGGCUUGCCAAAUGAAUAUUGAAACAAAGGAGUAGGGAGACGUACAGCUGUCGUCAAACAUAUAGAACUUAGACAAAGAAUUAGCCAUGUCCGAACAAAUUCCUUCCUUGGCUUCUACCAUACGUAACGAAGCCGCUAGAUUUGAAAGCAUUCACAAAACCUUGGAUAAUCUUCAUGGUCUUCUCCAAGAAAUUGACAAUAUUCCGGUUAAAAUUCGUAUGAGAAAGUUGGUCAAUAAACUUGAAGAUUGCUUUCAACAUAGCCCAGAAUUUAGUGCUAACAAGCCAACACAAGAUUGUGAAUUGAAGUUGGGUGUUGUUGGUAGUAUUACAUCUGGUAAAUCAGCAUUAGUCCACCGUUUUCUUGCUGGAGAAAUUCCAAAAGAGGAAAGAUUGAAUGGAUGUCAUAAAAAAGAAGUCUUAGUGGAUGGCCAAAGUUAUCUACUGCUUAUAAGGAAUGAAACUGGCUCCCCAGAUUCUGAGUUUGUGAACUGGUUAGAUGGUGUUAUUCUGGUAUUUAACAUUGAUGAUGAACUCAGUUCCAGUGUUCUACCUGGGUACUACAACAGAAUGUCAGAUUACAGAGAUUUUUCAGACAUUCCUGUAUUUUUGGUUGGCAUUAAAGAGCACAAUAAUCAGAGUUCAAUAAAUCCUACUUAUUCAAGUCAGAUUAACAGACGCUUGAGCCAUGUAAACAACUGUACUUACGUUGAAGUUUGUCUUGAAACUGGAGAAAGCAUAAACCAAAUGUUCCAAUUGGCCUCUGAGAAGAUGGCUAAUAUCGAAUCUGCUGUAUUAACCUCAUACGACCCGAUAUUACCAACUGCUACUGAUGGGCGAUCAACUUCUGUAAGCUCCACUCAAAGUGGUGGCAGUUCACGAACUACGGCUAAAGUUAGUCCGUCAUCAACACCCUCCUCCAAAACAAGAACUAGCCGAAGGCGAACUAUUAUAUUUGGAUCGAAAAGUGAAAAACCUAAAGACGAUGUGGAUGGAGACCAAGAAAUUGGAUUUGGGCGAUAUAUUCCUGUGAAACAGGGAAACCUUCUGAAAAGAACAACAAACUCGAUUAAUAAAGAAUGGAAAAAGAAAUUUGUGGUUUUAAGCGAUGGUGGUAUAUUGACUUAUUAUCCCUCUCUACAUGAUUACAUUGCCAAUGUCCAUGGAAAAGAAAUAUUUUUGAAACAAUGUACAGUAAAAAUUCCCGGUGAAAUUCCUCCCAUUGCAACCUUACAAGGUAAAACUUCGGGAAUACGAAGUAAAGAAAAUAACUCAGAAGAUGGUUUUCGUGGAAGUGACGUGAAAGAGAACGGAUCUUUGGUGAUAUCAAACGAUUUUUUGCCUUUUCAUGAAAAUGGCGUCGAGGAAAACCAUAAUAGUAUCAACCACUCUGUACCUCAUGUUAAAUCGACGACGAAAACGAAAAAGAAUCAAACAAUUAAUAGAAGUGAAUCAAUUCCACGCAAACGUGCACAAAACCGUCGUACUAACAAAAAUACACAAUCUUGUGAACUCGAAUUUAGCAACUUUCCAGAAGAGUUGCAGAAAAGUUUAUUGAAUGGAAACAGUCCAUAUCCCGUACAAACAACGCAAUCAUCACAAUACAUUAGUUCUUCAAAAACUACACCUUCAACUUCACCUGUGACUACACCUAGUGAUGGCAAAGAGAGAAAGUGGCCUUCAGUAAGUGUUGACAGUCGCUUUGAGACAAAUACUCUUCCGGCAGGGAGCGUCAAGAAGAAGGGGCAUCGCCGAAUAAAGAGCAACGGUUCCACAAAAUCAAUAGCUUCCAAUGAAAAAACAGACACCAGAAAUGGGCAAACAUAUGACUACGAAUUCAAAAUUGUAUCACUUGAUGGUAAAUCUUGGAAUUUUGCUGCGUCAUCCUUUGAGGAAAGAAAAAACUGGGUUGAUAGUAUUGAACAACGAAUUCUAUCAUGUCUUCAGUCAAACUUCAGUGGCAGGGAUAAGAUGAAUAGUAACUCUUCGUCGGAAAGUGAUUUGCAGCCUAUCCGACUAGUACCAGGAAACAAUGUUUGUGCGGAUUGUGGGGAACCUAAUCCCGACUGGGCAAGUCUGAAUCUAGGUGCAUUGAUAUGUAUUGCUUGCUGUGGAUUCCAUCGAAAUCUUGGAACUCAUGUUUCAAGAGUUCGUUCUUUGGACUUGGAUGAAUGGCCGCCAGAAAUUCGGGCUGUAAUGUUGUCAAUAGGAAAUAAUUUAACGAACAGUAUAUGGGAAGCCUGUUCUCAAUCUGCAUCAAAGCCUCAACCAUCUUCACCAAGGGAAGAUAAAGAGAGGUGGAUAAGAGCCAAAUAUGUAAACAAGGAAUACGUCAGACAAUUGCCGACAUCAAAAUUCUCUAUUGGACUGCGUCUUAUUGAAGCUGUUCAAAAAGAAGAUCUAAGUGAUGUGAUGUUAUUGCUGGCUCAUGCAGAGAAAAAGGAUGUAAAUGAAAGGGAAGACGACGAUUUGAUAAGAACUUCUCUUCAUAUUUCUGCAUCUAAGGGUAAUCUUGUGAUCACUCUGUUGUUGAUCUGGUAUUUUGCUGACGUGACCUUACUUGAUGGUAGUGGUCGAACGGCAUUGUGGUAUGCUCGUGAAAGUGGCAGUAGGGAGUGCGAGGAGAUAUUGAAGAACAACGGUUGUCAAAACGUUGGUCGUUCUUUAUCGUGUAGUGGUUCAUCCAAUAGUGGUGACUUCACAUCGUAGUGAUUGGUGUAAAGAGGAUUUCUAUUAUCUACGUAUGGCCUAUUGUACAUAGCAGUAUUGCAUUAUUUGAAUUGAAGGGGGAAGUUCUGAAGAUCUCAGUGUCUUCAGUGAUUUUAGGCAAAUUUUUGACAUUUGUAAAUAACCUGCUGCACCGAUGAAAGAAAAUAAUUUAUCUUUACUUUAACUAAAGUUUGCAUUGAAAGUGUCCGGGUUCAAAUGAAUUGUAUAACGUGUACCAUAUACUAUAGAAAAUAUGUAAUUUAUUAAAUUGAGUGAAAAUAUUCAAAUGUAAUUUAUUGACCAUUAAUUUUAUAAUGGAGACAAUUAAAUCUCAUCUCAACA